UUCCAGGUCUCUGGAGGUCACGGGCACAAUGCUUUGGGUCCUGGUGGGGGCUGUCCUCCCUGUCAUGCUGCUGGCUGCCCCUCCACCCAUCAACAAGCUGGCCCUGUUUCCGGACAAGAGUGCCUGGUGUGAAGCCAAGAACAUCACGCAGAUUGUGGGCCACAGCGGCUGUGAGGCCAAGUCCAUCCAGAACAGGGCGUGCCUAGGACAGUGCUUCAGCUAUAGCGUCCCCAACACCUUCCCGCAGUCCACAGAGUCCCUGGUGCACUGUGACUCCUGCAUGCCGGCGCAGUCCAUGUGGGAGAUUGUGACCUUGGAGUGUCCUGGCCACGAGGCGGUGCCCAGGGUGGACAAGCUGGUGGAGAAGAUUGUGCAUUGCAGCUGCCAGGCCUGCGGCAAGGAGCCCAGUCACGAGGGCCUGAGUGUCUAUGUGCAGGGUGAAGAUGGGCUGGGCUCCCAGCCUGGACCGCACCCCCACCCCCACCCGCACCCUGGUGGCCAGACCCCAGAGCCCGAAGAACCUCCUGGAGCCCCUCAGGUUGAGGAAGAGGUUGCUGAGGACUGAGGGCCCCCAACUCUUCCUCCCCUCUUGUCCCCUGUGGAAUGUUGGGUCCCACCCUCCAGGGAAGAGGGAGGGGAGAGGCAGAAGCCCCCUCAUCCCCUUUGGCACUGGAUGGACUUGGAAUGCUGCCCGGUUGUCAUGGAGAUCUGAAGGGAGGGGCUGGAGCCAAGCUGCACAAUUUAAUAUAUGCAAGAAGGGGGGAGGAAGCAGACAUCCUCAGGGCUCUUUUUUGGAAGGUGAAGUGUGGUCUUUUGCUUUCUAGAGAUGAGUCCCUGGGGUGGAGAGGAAGUGGGCUGAGGAUGAGAAAGACCCUCAAAUAGGGCAGGUCCAGGCCAGGGUCCACACAACUCCUCAUGGGGCAGGAUCCCCAGGGAUGGGCAGAGGGUGGGUACCAUGGCAGCCGGAGGGUCCAGGCUGGGAAGACUGCUGGCAGAGGCAGGAAUCUCCAACCCUGUAGGUUUCCCUAAAGGCGUCCUUCACACCCCACAUCCAGGAAAAGCAUCCCGUUGAAUGGAGUGUGUUAGGAGUCAGGCUGGGGCAGGACCCCGCUUACUCAGGUGCCAGAGUGUCACUGAAGAAGAAAGAACAUCCUUCCUCAGAGAUCUUGGCACUCUGCCUGCCAUGUUCUAGACCCUUUGGGAAGCAGAUGCAGCCAGCCCCACUGUCUUUGGGGCUGGUUUUUCUGAACGAGGUGGUGCUUGGUUUAUCUCCAUCACCUGGGACCAUAGUGGACAGGAGGCCCCUGCAUAGGGCCCCUGCUGACCUUGGCUUUCUCUAGCUCCCAUUCUCCCCUUUCCUCCUUCCCGGCUGCACUUUAACACUAGGGCUGGGCAGGUAGUGAGGAAGAGCCCUCUGUCCCCCGAUACUUUGGCACCAUUGCACCAUUGUUUGUGUCCAGGGGGCUGCCAGCUUAUCCCCUGCUUGGGGGUGCCCCAGCCCAUGGCUGUUCGACGAGAGCCUUAGAGCUUGUAACUAGUAGCCAUCUCCCCCAAACCAGAGUGUUUUCAUGAAUAAAUACCUUCAAUGCGUCCACUCUC